AUGGCUUUAAACAGUAUGCGGAAAUUUACUCCUUUUUCUGUCUCCGUCCUCCUCCACAUUUUUAUCCUGCUGGCAUACUUCCCUUCUCUGGCCGCCCUCGCGGCCGAUCCUCCCAUUCCCGUCUGGAGCAGAUAUGGCUGCAACGCGGGUUUCAACUUCUGCUCCAACGUAACGACAAAGGAGUCGUGGUCUGAAGACGGAAAUAAUAUUUACCUCUUUCUUGACGCUCUUGUGUAUGAAGACGAUAUUGAAAAGGCCAACACAACCGUGUGGUACGUGGGGGAAAACUUUGAUGACAGCUGGGCCAGUGAUCUGCGCAGAGAAGCUUUUGACGUGGUGCGUUUCUCGUUUCGCGGCUCCGAGUUUGCCCACCCGCAGAUCACCUGCAGACCGGACCAAUACGCGAAGAACCAUUGUAUGCCCAGCGUCGAGUGCGCGGAGGAGGUUCGCCGCUCUGGCCUGAACAUGAUGCAUUACUCAACGGAGGAGACGGCAAAGGACCUCAUUUGGGUGAUUAAACAGCUUGGGAAGGGAAAACUAAAUAUUAUCGUGGCGGAGGGACUUGGGAGCGUUGUUGUGCAGCGAGCGUUGGAGAUGGAAGAUCAGCUGAAGAACGUUUCUGUCGUCAUGGCAGGAUUCACACACCCACAGUACUUUGAUAUCUUCCAGAGUAUCAAUGGAUACGACGCGGUCCUGCAGCGAGUGCUGGCGCUUUGCGAGGGGGAUAAGACACUUCUUUGCGUCUCGCGUGUUGGUGCGCUUGAAGGGCUGUGGAACCGAUUUGUCAAUGUCAUGAGGGCGGCGGAGGCGAAUACUCUGAAAUGUAACAAGCUGCUUAACUGGAGUGCUGAUGCAAAAGAAAUGCACACGGAGUAUCGCUCCAUUGUUGCCGCACUGCUGAAAAAGCCGCAAAACCCUCUGAUGUUAAGUGAUUGGAAGUUGCUUCAACUAAUACCAUCAUUUAUUUACCGCCUGCAGCGCUGUGAGGCAAGGGACCAACAGGCACUCACUCAACUGCGUGAGUUUGUCGGGUCAACUGAGAGAAAUCGCUGUCCACUGUUCGUGGCUCAGCGGUACAAUUGGCUGCUGAACGAAAUGGUCCUGACGCACCCACCAGCACCGCCGAAGGAUCUCAUGGAGGCGGCAUCCAUGGAACGACUGGUGAUGCCGAGCAUGCUCCUGCUACAACAGUUGUAUGACACGUACAAAGCGUUUCCAAAGUACAACGCCACGAAGAUUUCCGUGGCUCGCACGCGGGUACCUUUACUUCUGCUUCCCUCUGACAUUGACCCGUUAUUUUCGUUGGGUAUGGCAGCACAGGCUUCUAUCAUUUACGGCGCCACAAUCCGUCGUUUACCACACCAAUCCAACUUACCUGUUGCUAACAGCGCAUCGAAUUGCAUCAAGGCGAAUCUAAUACAUUAUCGCAGCCGUUUUGAAUGGGCGGAUGCGGCACAAUGCAAUUUGGAUAACAUAUACCAUCUGAAUUUUACCGCUUUUGACGCCUAUGACUUUUACGGAGUGACGGACGCGUGGGAGUUUACGACGCCAAACAUGGCAGAGCCUCCGGUCAACAACUCAGCAACGAACAGCACAUCGCCGCCGUGCGAAGGGGCGAAUGAGGGCUCCAGCAGGGCUAUGGGAUUCAUCACGGUGCUUUUUGUGCUAACAUUAUUGGGUCUUUUUGGAAUGACGUAUUUGUACUGGACGAAGGCACGGUCGCUCAAGUUCUCGGACGACUUUUACAGCAACCUGAACCAUUAA